AUGGCGGCCGUCGCUAUAGAGAGCCGUCUGCAUUUACAACAUCUGUUCAAAGACAUAUCUCCGAAGUUUGACCGCCUAGAGUCGGAAAAUGUUGUGCAAUCUUUGAAAAAUAAUUAUGGAGGCAAAUUUAAUUCGCUAAGAAGUCAAGAUUUAUUGCAAUGUUUACAACUUCUUGCGAAGCAUGGCUAUGUGUCUGGAGGCAAAGUGAAAUUAAUCGAAGACUACGUUGCUCCGAAAUCGAGCAAAGAAGAACUGAUCAAAGAAGCUAUAAGGAAGUUCAAGGCCUCUCGUCCAGCUGUUAAAGAGGAGGAAUUUCAAGGGCGGGACGAUGACAUUAAGGAGAUCACCGAAAAACUGGAGUCAAAAGAGGUCCCAGUUUUAAACUUGUUUGGGUCUUCCGGUGUUGGAAAGACAAGACUCGCCAACGAAGUUUGCUCACAGUGGCGAGGAAAUUAUCGAGUCUUUGAUCUUAGAGAAGUUAAGAGUAUAAAAGCGAUGUAUUACCACAUCCUUAGUUCCCUUGACCUUUCUGUUCCAGUCGGUUUCGUGAACCUGAACUAUGUUGUAAAAAAAGUUCACGAUAAGAUCAAAGAUUUGAAAAGUGGGGGGCAUUCCGUUCUGUUCUUGCUCGAUAAUGUGGACCGGUUUGCCACAGGACAAGAAAUGGAUAGGAAGAGCCUAAAAAAAGACUUUGUACAGUUCCUCGAACAACUUUUCGAACUUGAUGGCAAAGGAGAAAGAUGUGCAUUAAAGCUGCUGUUCACAUCGAGGAUUGAGUUCACAAAUGCCAAACUGGUGGAUAAUUUUAAAGUGAAGUCUCUAAAAACGUCAUCUUCAGAGAAAAUUCUUUUUCCUGCGGGAUCAACUGGUGUUCAAGUCCACCAGAAAGAUAAUCUAAUCGGCAUCUCCAAAGGAUUCCCAAUUGUUCUCAAAGGAAUGGGUGCUAUUUUGCGCCAGGAAAGAAAAUCUGCCGAUGACCUUAUUGCUGAAGUUGCUGCUACUCCGAAGAAAUCAAAAGUGCACGAGGAUGCUGAACAAAUGUCAGUUAGUUUUGAAGAAGAAGGAGUUGAUGCAGGUCAGAUAUCUGUAAUUAGAGAAAUGUUUGCUACACUUCCAAGUGACCGUUUAAAAGUGACUGCAGUUGUAAUUUCCUUGUUUCAUGGGCCAUUCUCUGUGGCAACAGCUUCCGAAGUUCUCGGUAUUGACCAAUCAGAGGCUCUUGCACAGCUAGAGGGUCUUGUGGCCAGUGCAAUAAUUUCUGUAGUCGAUGAAGAAGCAAAAGAGAGGAAAUAUGACAUUCAUCCACUCUUACAAAAGUAUGCUGACAGUAUCAAGAGUGACGAACACUUUUCCGCAGCCUACAUGAAAGCAAAGGGACGCUAUUACGAACUCUUUAUGUCCAGGAUGAAGAAAAUAGCGAAACUUAUAGAUCCCGAGUAUGUCAAAGCAUUUCAUUUGUUUGACACUGACAGGGCAAAUUAUGAGUUUGUUCUUGAGAUCUCCUUACAACCAGAAUAUUUCAAAGUUCCAGGUGAAUUUCAUGAGAAUGCUUUGAUUGCAUCACUUUUCAUAGCAAUGCUGACUGAACGCAAAGUAGUUACCCUGUUUCAUUCCUGGGCUGAGAUGUGUGAAGAUGAUGGAAAAUCAGGUAAGGGUCAUAAUGGAUCUGACUGUCCUAAUGCUUGUCUUUUGUGUCAUAUUUAAUUGGAAGAAAUUGAAUAAUGAUUCUCAUAUUGUCUAGGAGACAUUUUGUCAAGAGUCAUAUCAGUAGCUCAUAGACAUGGGUAAAAUUAACAAUUGGAAGAAUAUUUCCACUCCUAAAAGUGGAAUUAAGUAUUUCAGCUUUAAUAAUAAUGCAACAAUUCAUAAUCAUGUUCUGCUGACAGAUAUGAUUCAUGUUUUAACCUUUAACUCCCAAGAUCUGAUGUUUAAUUCUCCCCUUUAGCUGCUAAAUAUUUCCUUGUGAAUUAGUUAUGAGAACUUAGUGCUAGAUCAAGAUAGCAGCUUCUACCUGUUAGGUUUGAAUAUUCUCAUUACCUGUUUCCUGAAUAUUGUAUGGAUAUUAUAGGGAGAAGUUUCAUGUUAAUCACUUGUGAGGAUUAAAGGGUUUACCUUUUACACCCUAACAUCAGUAUGUAUAUUCUCCAUACUGUUCUCUUAAUAUUUUCUAAGAUCCUGAGGAGGAGAAUUUUUUACAAUCAAGAGCUUCUUUAGCCAGGGAAACACAAGUGUGAUGCUUUAGGGGAAAAUUAGAUGUUAGUCACUCAUAGGGAAAAAUGAGUUAAUUUAUUUGUUGCACUUAAAUGCAGCUGUUGAAAAGUAGAGUUGCCAUGACAAUUGGUUCCAUUGGGCUAGAUACAUACAAACAUAUAAUUUGCUUGAAAGCAUAGACCCUUUAACUCCCAAGAUCUUAUUAGUAAUUCUCAUUACUGUCUGCUAUAUAAUUCUUGUGAUGUUAUAGUUCAGAGAAUUUGGCACUGGAUCAACUAAUAAUCCCCUAAUUGAAAUAGUUCUUUAUUCUCAUUGCUUGUCUCCUUGAUAUUGUCUUGAUAUUGUAAGGAGAAAUUCUGUCUUCGUCACUCAUGGUAGUUAAUGGGUUAUGUUAAAGCCUAGUCCUUCCUUUUACCAGUACAUCCUGUUACCUCAUAACAAAAUAAAAUAAUUUAUAGAUUCAAUUUUUCAAAAACUAAAAAAAAGUAGAGUUGUGAUGACAAUUGGUCCUGUCAUUUUAGAUAUUUGUUAUCUGCUUUAAAGCAUCAAGUUAAAGACUAGUCCAUCCUUUAGCUAGUAAAUCCUCUUACCUCAUAACUAUAAACCAAAUAAUUUAGAUUCAAUGGUCAAAAAAAUAAAAAAAUAAUAAAACUCAUAGUAACUUAAAAUGUUUAUCCUUCUGAGAGAGCUGACACUAAAAGUAAAAUUUUUUUUACUUAUAUUUCUUGAACAACUUAAAUGUGAAUGUAAUGCAUCUUGCAGUGUCAGAGAUUGGAAUGAAUGGGUAGAUUUUGUGUUUCUAAGUUGCUGAAGUUGUAAAGACUUGAAGAGUACACUCAUCUGCCCCAUUUGAGUUAAAAGUUAAAACUUCUGACUACCAUUUAAAUUAAGCAUUCAUUGUGGUACUAUGUGCUUAUCGGAAGUGGAAUGUUUUUAUUCCAGAGUUAUAAAAUUUAUUUUAAAAUUUUGGUUACAAUUCAUCUAUUUUAGUGCUUAUAAAACUUCAAGCUUAUAACCAGUACCAUAGCUGUUAACACAUGAAAGACAGGAGGCAGCACCGAGGUGAAGUGGUCAAACUGGUGGACUUAAUGUAAAGUGAUGGUAUCAGAUUAAAGUAUGAUAUCUGCUACUUACCAGAUUUGUUAUUGAAAUCUGUUCUAAAAGGGCAACCAGAUUACUUCUCACCAGCUGGGAAUUCAUAUCACUUUAUGUUCAUUUGGUAUUCCUUUUGUAACAAUUUGAUUUUUUUUCUCUUUUUUUGCUUUCUAUUGUUUUUCUAAUUCCAAUAUUAUGGUCAUUAGUGUCUGAACAUUUAUAAUAUGUUAAUUAUCCGAACUAUUUACAACACUAUGUAUAGUUUAGACAGAGAUAGCAUGCUGCCAAUGACAAAAUCAUUUGUUUAGAAUUAGAAGUAUCUAAGAUGCAAUUGGACUCAUAAAGCAAAGGCAAACACAAGAAACAAACAAAAAACGUAAAUGAUACAUUUACCCUUUAACUCUCAGUAAUGGUAAACAUGUAACUUCUCCCCAUAAUAUCAAUACAUGUUCAAGCAUACAGGUAAUAAGACUACAAAAACUUAUCAGAUAAAAGUUAUCUUGUCAGCUAACAACAAAUUCUCAUGACUAAUUUGGAAGGAGAUGUUUAUAUUAGUACCUAAAGAAGAUAAUUAACAAUCAAAACUUGGGAGUUAAAGUUGUUUAACAAACAAAUUAAAAGUAAUAGCCAUGAUCUAGAGAAAUUUUCCAUGAGUGUGGAGGGCAAUUCUGGAUUGUUUUAAUUUUGCUUACUUUACUCUGUGAUCGGUCCAGAAAUCUUGCAGCUGCAUAAGUUUCUUGCACCUGCACUUUCUAAACCAAUCAGAUGCAAAAGCUAAACCAAUCACAACUUGGUUGCUUCCAUUAUCCCGCACUUUAGGUGUUUGGUUGGUUUUAGUUUAGUUGGCUUUCAAAGGUGUUUGCCUUUCUCCUAACUGGCCAUGGUAAUUACCUUGGUUUUGGGUUUAAAACAUUCAAUUGAAAAAUGCUCUAAUCAUUAAGAAUGAAUGCAAUUCUCAAUAAGAUUUUUAUGUAAUAGGUUCUCUUGGUAGAACACAGCUUAAGUGCUGGGAAGCCUUGCAAGUUGCAGACAUUCAUGGAACAGAGAAAGGAUUUGAAGUACUGAAGGAUGCUUUGGGUUCAAUGGAGAAAGUUGAAGAUCAAUCCACUGACAUUUUCAAGCUCACUAAAGCCCUUUACUUGCACACUGAAGGUGAAAUCCUUUGGAGAAACAUUGAUUACAAGAAAGCUCUUGAAAGCUUGCAGUUGUCCUUGACAUUCUCAGAGGAGCUGCUAAAAGAGCAUACAGAUUUGGCAAGGUGCUACAAUGCUGUUGGAAAUUGUUACUCCCGCCUUAACCAGCCAAUGGAAGCACUUGAGUUCUAUGAAAAAGCUUACAACAUGCAAAAGAAAUUGGCUGGUUCUGAGUAUCAUGUUGAUAUGCCAAUGUACAAGCACCAAAUUGGCACAGCAUAUGAGGGUCUCCAAAAGUAUGACAAGGCGGUUGAAUAUUACAGAGAUGCAUUGAGACUUCUGGAAGAACUCAAUCUUUCAGGUUUAGGCGAUGAAGCGCACUUUUGCAGAGAAAUUGCCAAUGCCCUUCUGUGGCAGGGGAAAUAUUCAGAAGCAGCUGAACCUGCAAUGCGUGCUUACAACAUUAGGAAGAAACUUCUCAAAAAUCACCCACUUACUGUGCGCAGCAUUUUCCAACGAGCUAUCCUUCAGCACUGCUUGCGAGAUUAUGAGGGAGCCUUGAAACUUUACCUCGAAGCAUGGGAGAUGGAGAAGUCACUUGAUGUUGGCAACCACAGUGAGGUGUGGCAAAAAAUUAUCACUGGUGUGGAGGACAUGUGUGACUUUUUGAAGAAUGGAGAAAAGAAACAAACAUUUAGAAAAGAUGCUUUGAAGUUUUGUAAACAGUUUUGGAUAGAAAAGAAAAAGUCUCCACGAUUUGCUUUUAUUGAUUCUAACAAGGACAUUAUUGAUACCUUGAUGGAUCUUGUCAGUGAUGAGAAUGACAAGUAUGAAUUGCAAAAAGAACAGCUUUGGUUCUAUGAGGGUAUGUACAAUGCCACCAAGGAAGAACUUCAAAAGGACUGUGACCUGGAAACUGAAAGUGAUACACUUCACUACAUGUUGGAAGAAAUGACCAAGCUUCUCAACCAAAUGAUACACCUUUGUCAUCAACUUCAGGAUAACAAACGGGAGGAACUAUACACAAAUGAAUUACAGGUGUGAUGGUUUUAACUUACAUUGUUUCUUUAAGAACUACCAUACUGAUUACAAGUUUAUUUUUGCAGCAUAUUUGAUCCAUCUCCUAUCACAAAAAUUACCUGCAUACUCUACUAAAAGUUUCUUUCGCAGUCACUUGUAGUCUGCAACAAGAAGCUUUAUUGCCAAUUUAUCAAGUGGUAACAACAACAGCUUGUUAUAAGCUCCCCUUACAUGUAUGUACAAAUGCUAAACAUUGUAUAACAUUUCAUACGAUUUCAUGAUAUCCUAUCUUUAAAUCAGCUUGCAUUCAAUUUGUUAACUAAGUGCAUGACUUAUGGUAUACGUAACAUGGUAAACAAUAGAACAUUACAGAAUUUUCCAGAUCAUAUUCUACAUUAUCUACACUGACACAGUAUUAAUACAUUAACCCUUUAACUCCUAUGAGUGACCAAGACAGAAUUUCUCCUUACAAUAUCAAUACUAUAUCAACCAGGUAAGAGAUGAGAACAAAGAAAAAUAUCAAUUUGGGGAUAAUUAAAUGAUCCAAUAUUAAAUUCUCUGAACUAACAUUAUAUGAACUGUGUGGUUGACAAUAAGGAGAAUUACAAAUUUGAUCUGGGAGUUAAAGGGUAACCCUUUAACUCCCAUGAGUGACCAAGACAGAAUUUUACCUUACAAUAUCUACACAAUAUCAGGGAGACAAGUGAUGAGAAUAGAAAAAAUUAUUGAUUAGGGGAUUAUUAGUUGAUCCAAUACCAAAUUCUCCAAACUAACAUCACAAGAGCUAAAUGGCAGACAUUAAGGAGAAUUAUGAAAGAGAUCUUGGGAGUUAAAGGGUUAACCUUUCAUCAUGACAAAGUAGGAAAACCACAAAGUAACUUAGCUUUUUUAGAUCAGUUACAAUGUGAUAACCAAAGACUUUUCAGUAACAUUAAUUUCAGUGCUUCAACAUAAAAUGACAUCAGCAUGGGCAAUUUAAGCACCACAUGAAGUCAAGGUCAUUGCAAAAAAAAUUACUGGUAAAUUAACUGAUAAUUGAUUGCAUUCACACCCACUAUAAACCUCUUAUAAAAAAUUAUAAUUGUAUGAACACUUCUUUCAAAAAAAAAAAAAAACACUUGAACCUAUUUUUCAUAGCCACGAAAACAGCGAUUUUCAUGAUAUGUUCUGAGGUCAUGAGGUCUCAGAAUGACAUGAUUUGAUUUUCUUUGACAACAAAUAUUUGUUAGAGUCCCAUCAUUUGUGAUUGGAUAUGUAGAAUCCACUGGCACUCCUAUCUUUGCAGUGUCAAUAUCAUCUUGUUCAUGUAGUUAUACUACAUUUAAAUGUAUAUGAAUAUUUAUAAAGGUAAUUGAACUGAGUGGAGUGUAAUUUGGUCUGAAACCAUACAAAAUUGAAUGAGUGCACAGCACAAGUUUGAUUAAAUUUUGGAAUCAAAAGUAGGAUUUCAGAACAAAAUUCUACAACACAUAGUUCAAAUACCACUUCUCUCAAUAUAUUUUUUUGAGUCUGUGCUGAUUUGUAAAAAGUUGUUGUCACUCAUUUUCCUGCAAUAUGAUUGACCUUUUUUAAAUCAAGCCUUGAAACUUGGUUGGUUAAUGUGUUUUAGUAAGGCUGUCUCACUGGCUAAGAAAAAGAUGCGAUUUAGAGCAUAAAAUAGUGCAAUAUGUGAAUAAAUCACACCAGUGACAGCCAAUCAAAUUGCACAGAUCACAAGUGAUUUCAAAAUGGAUGUAAUAAAUAUGUAUAUCCUAUUCAUUUUGUUGUAUAUUGUUAUAUAAACAAUAGCCUCUAUUCUGACUGAAAAUAUGCAAGGAUACUUGUCUACAGACAUUACCUGUUCUGGGAUGUAAACAGUUCUGAAAGAAUGAAGCUUGAGGAAAACUGUGAGCUCUGAGGAACAAUGAGGUCCAAGGACAAAUAUACAAGUAUAUUUUCAUGCCAAAUGGAGGCUAUCAUCUUUAUUACUCUUCAAAUAUUUUUGCAAUGUAUGGAUAAAAUUUUUGUGAACAAUUUACUGUUUGGGGAUGUUUAAUUUUCAGUGUCCUAAGGUAUGACUUGGUAAACAAACAAACAUGUCCCUUCUCUCAUCUCCAAUCAAAUUUUAAACGAAUCCUUGAGAUGCAAUUAAGCCAAUUGUGCGCAGGCAGAAACAUUUGAUAGAUUAUAUUAACUGACACAACACUAACCACGAAAGUUACCUACUUUGUGUUUAUACCAUACUUUGAAUUUUUCAGGCUGUAAAAGAUGGGAGAGUUCCAGAGAUGACAUCACACUCAAAAGGUACUAAACCUUACAGUUGUUUGACAUAUUUCAAUGCUUUUAACCAAUAUGUAAAGGUACAUUAAUUGUUUCUAGGUCUAAAUCUUUUCUAGCUAGAAUACUAGUAUACAUGUACAAUCCAAAUUGAAGUUAUGUAGAGCUGAAGAGGAUUUCAUAGCUACAUGUGUAUACAGAUCACAAUAAGUAAUCAAAAGGGUUGAACUGCGGCUACUUUUCGCUUAAACUUUUGUCGAACAAUUUUGAAAGUAUCAAAAAAAUACAAUUUUUGCAUUAUUACUCAUUACACAAGUUGUGUAAGAAAUUUCUAUCCACGCUUUUCCAGCCGAUGGAAUUUUCCGCACGGCUUCUCGUUUCACAAAUUAGACUUUCAUUUCGCAAAUUACAGAUUCCUCAUAUAAAAAAUUACAGAUUUCCAUUUCAAAGAUUUCCGAAUUUUUCAAAAUAACAUAUUUCCAAUCUGCUUCGUUUCGUUUCGUUUCGCAAGUUACAGUAAGCCCAAUGCAACACUUAAACGUAACGUAACGAAACAAAUAGUUCCAAUCAUAAUUUUAAGGGAUAACUGUGUUCAUGUGAUAAUUAUUCAUAACACUUAUUGGGCAAGAGUAAUACAAAUGACUGCUGUCUGGUACCAGGUCUCGAAGCCAUUCUUAUUCCGCCACGUUUUAGCUUUCAUUUCGAAGGUCGUCUGUUUAUGUUUUAGGAUGAUUUGUUUCCUUCGAGCCCACAUCUUAAUUGUUUUCACUGGUAUGCUUAGUCCUAGAUUUCAUACAUACAUUCCGUAGUACAUGUUUGGCCCGAAAUUAGCAGUCAUCCCCUCUAAAGUCCUCCGCUACUAAUCCUCACAAUUGUCUUGCAGUCCGCCAUAUUUAAUAAAAUGUUUACUCUCCCCAGACUCCUCAGCGGCAUCAGUACUCGUUACCACGCUUCGCGUGGUAAAUAGGUGUUGAUUCAACUUUUUUUGGCAAAAAAAUCAGAAUUAUAAUUCAGUGAAACCGAUGACUUUAGAGUAAGAUAACAAACAAAAAGUGGUUGGGUUAAAAUACCACAUUUGAUGUCUUCUGAGAUCUGAGUUAUUUCUCAAAACUUCUGAUUAAGUAUUAAUGGUUUCGAUUAUAUCUAUAGCAAGGCACUUUCUUUCAAAAAUUUUCCAAAAGGUCUUAUUUACAAUCGGAACGAAAACCGAACCAGAGUGCCUUCAAUCAACAUAGCUUCAUACAUUCAAUAUGCAAUUUGGAGUUUAUGAUCUCUUCAUGUAGCAUGCGCGCUGAAAGCUUGUGUUUUAAAAGUGUUCGCUAUAUCUAAGCGUUGAAGAGCUUGCUAUUAAUUUUGAUGUUUUUGUAAGCUCCUAUUGAAACAGAGGCAAUAAAAGCAGUUUAGAUAAAAAAACGCGUUUCCUGCGUUGAAAUUGAAGUACCCUUCAAGAGAAACGCAUUGCGUGAGGCGUCGUUUUCUUUGCCACGAUUUCUCUUAAUUUUCCUUCAUGUUUCCUGCUCAUCCAUUAAAUUGUUCAGUUGUUAAUAUUGUUGUCCUUGCGGAUUGUAAAUUUUCUUUCAGGCGCCUUGAUUGGUCUCUCGCGCUUUUUGAGGGUUGUAUUGAAAAUCAUUUACUUGAUCACAAAAUCGAUCAUAAAUUUACUCUUUUCGCAGUUAAACCUUGCUGAUAGUUACUUCAUAAAAGCAAUAUAACACAUUUUCCUGCGUUGUAUAACAUGAUAAACCCGCUUGGAAGAUAUUGGAAGAACAUUUGAGAAGCUUAGCCCUCGUCAGAGUAAAUCGCUCUGACAGAGGCUGAAGCCAGCUCCAGAAUCCCACUACGGUGGCCACUUUACAUUAUCAGUUCGGUUGAUGACACCAAACUAUCCUAUGUUCAAUUAUCUCAUCAGUUACCUUGGUUGCUAAACGACUUAUUACAAAUCUAUCCUGGGUUGGGAAAGAACAUGCCUUUUUUUGUCUAAUCACAUAGCUCCAGAAGAAGAGAAGUCACUUGAGGUAGAAGAAUUUUCCUCCAGAUCAACUGAUCAAGACGGUCGCCAGAAGGAGGAGGCUGCAAGAAAAGUGGAUGAAAGAAAGACUGUCAUCAAGAGGUGCAGUUAAUUUGCGUGUAGAUGUUUUGUUAUUCCACGUUAGUGGAAACAUAUAUAUAUAUAUAUAUAUAUAAUUAAUAAAUCAUACAUCUAGCCCUAGGGGUGGCUACUAUGCAAUUCCUCCUCACAACAUCACCCCUGAAUCAAACUUUACGUUCAGGAAAAUGAAAAAAAUUAUCACCCUCCAAUGCAGCUCUAGGUUGUCAAAAGACUUCUCCUCGUCAGCACCUUAAGAAAUGUUUUCAGAGUAGUUUGUAGAAAAUACAAACUGCAUGAUGUCAGGGUGUAAAGGGUUAACAUGAUUUGCGAAAAUUUGCGUGCAAUGCACAUUAGCGACAUAACAAUCAUAUUAAGCUGAGCUUAAUAAAAGAAAAACUUUCCCUGAGUAGAAUGAACCAUGAUGGUCACAUGCAAAAUUGAAAAUUUCGGGCUAAAGAAAAGAAAGGCUAUUUUGAAUGUUGUUCAUAAAUUUUAAAUGGAAUGUUAUUGGACAUAGUUUGAUGCUACUCUGGUUUGCAUUUGUAAGGAAUAACAGCAAAACCAGUCGCUGGUUUCCUUUCAUCAAGAGCGUUACUAUUUGUAACUGGUUUUUGCGUUGCUAUUUUACAAGAGCGUUUUUUACAAGAGCGUUUUUUUUACGUUUUACGAGAGCGUCAAGAGCGUUACUAUUUUACAAAUAGUAACGCUCUUGAUGAAAGGAAACCAGCGACUGGUUUUGCUGUUAUUCCUUACAUACAGGGUGUUACGGAACCCAUCAAGAGAAUUUUGAAUAGCCACAAAGUUAAAGUUGCUCAAAAACCUUUUCAGACUUUGGGGCAUAUUUUCGCCAAACCUAAGGAUCCUGUCACGAAAGAACAACGAACCGACGCCAUUUAUUCUAUUCCUUGCAAUGACUGUGACAACGAAUACAUCGGACAGACCAAACGUCAGUUUGGUACACAGUUAAAAGAGCACCAAAAAGCGGUUUUCCUUUGCAUUAGGAAAAUUCAGCUUUAUCGGAGCAUAUAUGCCUAACUAACCAUACAAUUGGGUGGGAUAAUUCUAAAAUUAUCACCACUAAUCGGCGUUACCACUAGCGCCUUUGUUUGGAGGCUUGGCAUAUUAACUCCGCCCACGCUCCUUUAAAUCGUGACGAUGGCGGUUUGCUUCCUGACGCCUAUUUACACCUCGUCAGAAAAAAAUAAAGGCCGCUAAUUAGUGAUCGUAUAAAAGGACCUAUUGUUGCAGCGUUUAGAUCACCCCUGAUGAAGGCACUAGACAGGAGUGUCGAAACGUUGGGUCUAUGAAUUGUAACUUCUUCGGUUACAUUCAUUAAAUCUGCUAACCAGAGUGGCAUUAAGCUAUGUCUGAUUGUCCACCUGGUUGCUGUGUGAACUUUAGUAUAGAAUGUUAUAGAUUCUCUUACUUGAUGAGAUAGCUUAGAUACAAUUUGCACUACAAUUACUCAAAAACCUACAAUUUAUUCCAUAAAAGUAAGUCCACACUUAAUUAGAAGAAUCGUUGCUUCACUGAAUUAGGUACUCUCAAUUUGCGACAUUCGGAAGCGUUGUAUUGGCUAUAGUCCGGUGAUCUAAAGCAUUUUUAAGUUCUUCCCCAAUAUCCGUCCUUCGUUAUUUAUACAACGAUAGACCUAUAGAAAGUGUAGUCUUAGGUUGCUUAUAAUUUAUUCUUUAACUUCAGUAUUUUUAUAGUUUAGCGUUCCUGCAGAGGGCUAAUAACUGUUCAAAAAAAGCCGAUUCUGUCGCAUAUUCACCCGCAAAAAAGGUAUAAAAGACGCCGUUUUGGCCUUGCCCAACGAAGUAGACUGCAUCUUCGUGAUUUGGUUAUUUGAUAGUGACAUCACAUCCGGAAUGUCAACCCUCGAGCAUAAAAUAUCAGAAUGUUACGUUAUGCAUAAGCUUUUCGCCGAUGGAGUAAGAUACAGACAACCAAUUAAUAAAGAUAGCCCAUCACUGAAGUUGAUGAGACCGAGUUUAAAGAGCUGCAAAACCGUCUUGAAAGAGAAACUCACUUUACAUUCAAGAGGAAACAUGAUAAGCGUUUUCACUCAAACAAAAGCUUGAUAAAUGUAAUUUUGUGAUUAUUUCAGAGGUAAAAUUGCAGACGAGUCAGAGACUUGGAAUCUUGAAGAAGCUGGUGCAUCCAUCACAUUUAACCUUGGAGCGAUAACAAAAUCCUUGACCAUAACAUGUUCAUUAUGGACCCCCGCAGCCCUUUCUCCGCCCAUUGGUAGUAAUGAGCUCUUGGUAAGCAAUGUGAUUGAACUGUCUCAUGAUGGCCCACCUGAUCUGGAAUUCAUGGAAAAUGCUUCGGGAAGCAUAAAUGUAGCUUUGUUGCACAGUGCCUCUAACUCCAAAGGGUACGAGGUGGUUAUAAAGCAGUUGGUUGACCCCGAAUACAACGAGUGGGAGGAUUUGGAGACAAAAAACAUUUGGCAUUCGUCAGGUACUGAAAUAAUAAAUUUUACCGAUGAGAUCCAUACACAAGUAUCAUUCCAUAUACUUCUUGCUAAUUUCCCAAUCCCUAGUUAGGAUCAUUUAAGGGAGAUGGGGAGCCGGCCUAGUGGUUAGCGCACGUAAUUCCAGAUCGACAUUUACAGUUUUAUGGUGGUGUGUUCUCGAGCAAAACUUAGAAUGGAUUAGAAUGACAACAUGGAAGUUCUCCCAUACAGACCUCCAGCUUGGUUAAUAGGGACUACUGAGUAAUAAUUGAAACGGAUUAUACCUACAGGAACGUUAUUAACAGUAUCUUUAUGUAUUGGUCGAGAUUCUCUUACACAGACCGCUCUGUGAGAAAGAUUUAAGUAAUAACCAUAACUAAUGAUAUCUAUUACAGCAUUACUAAUAAUGUUAUUAUAUUACAGUACAUCCAACCAUCCCCAAUUGGACGUGCCCUUCCGCUAAAGCUUCGUGCUCGAAAAGGUGGUUUUCCUCGUUUGCAGCAGUCUGGCGCCUCAAGUCUUUUGUCUUUCCUAAGCCUACGUCUAAGACCUCUGAGUUUAUCUGUUCACUGCCAGACUAUCCAAAUGUUAGUGUUGCGAUUCCAUGGAAUUCUUUGCCUGUCGAUACAGACUUUUCUUUAACUCUAAAGGUAUUUGUACCCGAUGUUGCAUUUGUAAGAAAUAAUUAAAAUGAUGAUGAGAGUGAUUAUGGCAUUUAUUGUCAUCAUUAUUCUUAUCAUUUAAACCACUAUUACAAUAUCUAUCACUUGUUUCAUAAGACUUUAAGGUUAAAAACAAAAAAAACAAAUUAUUGCCGAGAGGGUAUUACCUUGAUAUAAAAUCAAAUGCUUUGACCUAAAUUACGGUCAAUAACAGAUUUUUUGAAAACUAUCAUGUUAGUGUGAGUGCAUAGAUUUUAGCUGAAAAAGAAUUUUUAAUAAAAUCUAUUCAACAUCCUCAAUCCAUUUGGGAAACUACUGGUAGCUAACAAAUCUAUUCAACGUCCUCAUUUCAUUUGGGAAACUACUGGUAGCUAACAAGAGUACCUUGUGUUAUCAUAAAUUUUGUGAUAUGAUUGUUUUGGCUCUCUUAAUUUGAGGUGCAAGAAGCGCCAACCAUUGACCACAAUGUGGAAGGAAUGCUUGUUGGUCCGAUUCUUCACAUUUCGUGCUCAAACAAUGUAGAGCUGUCAGUGCCAGCGAAAAUCAGCCUCCCGUUGUCACUCACGGACGGUGAAAUAGAACUAGCGGAGCUGCAUUCAGGUCAGGUGAAGAUACUACAUUUCAACUCGAGAGAGGAAUCACAAGAAUGGACGGAUAUCACAGAUCAUUUGGAUAUGCCUGUAGUCCUUAGAGAUGGAAUACUGACGUUUCAAGUCAAAACUUUCUGCCGGUAAGAUAAAGGUGUAGACCACAUUUUUACUCUAUAAACUGUGUACAUUUUUCAUUAUUUACUUUGUUUAUAUUUCUUGAAGAAAACCAUUAGUUUUAGAAACCAGAAGUCCGCUUUGCAAUUGUUGUGAAUCUCCUAAUUUCGUCAGUUCUUGGGUUUGAAUGUGACAAUGAAUGCAAAAGAGCACUGAAAGGUAACAUAAAUCAAUUUACACAAAGUGGUAAAGAUAACACAAACGAUUUAUAUUGCGAGCUACUAAAAAUUAUAGGCCGUGAGGACCAUUUCCAAAUUAUACGCCUGAUUUUUGAGAUAUUUUUAUUCCACUGGCGAGUGAAUAGGGUAGUUAAAAAAUAAGAAACAUCCAGGAAGUUGGACAAGAAGGAUACUUGACGCCAGUUUUAUUGCAAAGACUGCUCCCCAAAUGAGCUUUUGUUCUGCUGCACAGUAUAAUUCAAAUUCAAACGUUUAAAAUCUGUUGUUUUCACACGCAACGAUUUCCACAAGUGAGUUACUUUACUCACAAGAGUUACCUGUUACCCCCCCCCCCCCCUCUACUCGGCGUUUUUCUCCCCCUCCUCCUCUCUCAAUAUUUGGUGCAUCUCUCGAGCUUCCCCAAGUUAUUCGAGCUGACUUUAAGAUAAAAAGUUCAGAUUGAAAAAAGUUUCUUUCUUGCUAAGUCCAAAAACCGGUCGUGUUGAUUAAUUUUGAGCAAGGUAACUGACUUGGGUGGAUACUUAAAAAGUGUCAUGGUACUUGACGAGAGAUUAUUUCCUCCAGCAAAUUUUUCUUCUCAAGAGGCUAACAUAAUUUCUAAUAAGUGUAGAUGCGCAUCUUAAAACGUGUCUUUUUGGUACACGAAGUGUAGAUUUUCCUGCCGUUUUCUUUUAGGUUUUGGCCCUGGUUGUUGAAGACGUUCGUCAGCACUCCAUGGAAAUAUGCCACGCUCCUAUACGAUGGAAUCAUGAAACGACAUGCUGGGUUUUUAGCUUGCUUAUGCAGUGAUGCAGUACCCGCGAGAUACGUGCUGUAUAUGUUUUGUUUCCCGCAGCAUUUAAGGUCCAAAGUGAAUAGCAAUAUUUCUUCAGAAUAUUGUGUGAAUAUGCAAGGAGAAGGAACCUCGCAGAAACCUCUGUCUAGCGGUGAUGAGACAUGUGUGUCCCUUUCAAGUGGAUUUGAAGUGCAAGGAGCGAGAAAUGUAGAGGACAUCGUCUUAAAGUAAGUGCCAGCCCUUUUACGUUUUAUCGUUCCAUUCUCAUCAUUCGGGUUGAGUAAGCGGCACUGUCCCUUUGUCUCCUAGCUUAAGAAAACAAGUCUGUUACACGAAUGGAUUUAAAUUAUCCAUUCCAACUUCUUACCUUAAGAAAGCUCAAAAUCUUAGAGAAAUUUACACUUCAGUACUCUAAAGUUAACUAAGUUCCUUAAGUAUGUUGUUCCUUCAUUAAGUUCAACCGAGAAAAAGCUAAAAUAACUUUAAGAUUGUUUUUUGCCGCUCACCAAGAUGCAGACUCAAGUGAUUUGCUAAAUCCGCUAUACUUGAAACCUAUGGAAAAAGUUGUUAUUCAUCCAAACUUUUGUUCCUUUUUUAUGCGAGGUUUCUUGGUAGCGAACAUUUUCUGGCGAGUCUGCGUGUUAGUAUUAAGGACCCGAGUGAUCUGCAAGUCGACUUCCUAAAAUUGAUGGGAGACAAGGAGAGAAAAAAUUCCCCAAUAUUAUGUCAAGUGCCCAUCAUUCCACGAUCUCCAGUACAGGUAUUUACGAUACUGCUGUUUAAAUGCAUAGAUCUGUAUUUUCAUUCAUUGAAAAAGAGAGUGUGGAUAAACAAAACUUGCCGGUACUGAUGUCGUAAAACGCCACCCUCAAACGAAGUUCAUUAUUUUGCCAAAAAUAACUGGAAGUCAACCAAAACAAAUGUGUUUAGAGUGAAAUCUUUAACAUUUCAUUAAGGUAUUAGGACCAUUAUAAUGUAAAGGAAAGUCAAAGAUUUUUUACCCGUAGCUCUUUGUCAAGGCUUUCCUCGACAUAACUAUAUUUGGCAGAUUCCAUCUCCCAACUACCUUGCAAAUUCAGAGGCUUUUCCAUACAUAAAUUUAAGCUGUUCCGAAUAUUGAAUGUUGGUCAUGUUAUCCAACUGAACCAUUCGUUUUGGAGACCACAGUCUUUUGGGUGGAAACUUAGGGUGUACCUGGCAGUGAAAAGCAUGUGGCUACACCCACAUAUUUUCCAGAGACACUAACUUGGCAGCAUGAGUUCUUGAUCCAUUGAUAUAAAUGUGUUUACAGUUCCUGUGAACGUUAUUGCUUGCUAAUGUUUCUUAUAGGCUCAAUAUGAAAUAUGACUUGACUGGGAUAAGUUCGGCUGUAUUAAUUUUACCAAAGCAAAUCCAGUUUAAGAAACUAAAGCGGCCACACUAGGACCAGGCCUUCCGGUCCUUUGAUCAAGCUUUUUUUUUUAAACAGUAGUAGUAAUCUGGAAAGAGGGAGGUGUCUUCUGGAAAAAUAGUUCUUUCGGGUUAAAUAAGCUCUGCUAAGUCGAUAAUAGUCUCGCAAAUUCGCCAUCAAAAGGUUUCGAGUAAGAUAACGAGGCCAUUUUAAGGCGGCACGAACCUUAUUUAGGACGAAUCACUAGAAACACAAGACUGAUAAAUGUCUUGUAGUUAAAGAAAUGUUCUGCGAACAGGAAAUAGUACAGGAACAUAUAGGACCUAGCAAAUUUUUGAUCUAGUGUACUACUUUUAUAUUUCAGUUGUUUUGAAGUCACUUUCUAUGUCUCUAUACUUAUUUUUUUAAAAUUUUUCCUAUUAUCUUGUCCUUUCUUUAUUUCCUCAUUUCUUUUCACUCCAUACGCACCCGUAAUAUUGCGAAUUUUCCCCUUUCCCUUUAGCUUUCUGUUCCUAUCACCUUUGAUUUUGAAGAAGGAAGCGGUAAGUUGUUUUUUUUUUGUUGUUGUUGGUUUCGUUGUUGUUCGAAUAAAUACAAUUUACUAGGCCAGUCAUUAUUGUUCUAAAAUAUGCAAACUCAGAAAUGCGGGCUCUGUAGGUUUUGAAAAUGUAUACAGCUAUUUUAAUUUACGUUGUCGGAUCAAAGCCUCAAGCCUACAAGACAAGACCGAAGGGGAAUAUGGGAUCUUAAUGAAUAAUUAUCAGCAAAAUUAACAAUGCCUCGUCCAUACAGCGAAGAUCUCCUAAUUGUAUUUUCAGCCUCCAUGUCUAUCUCGCGCCGACAACCCCGAAAGCCUAAAAUUAAUUCUAAUCUACCCAUACCGCCUUUCGGUCUUGUCCCGUACCCUUGAAGCUUUGAUCCGACAACGUAAAUUGAAAUUGCUGUAUAGCAUUUAGUGACGAAGCAACGUGUUCUUAGUGCAAAGUCAUAAUAACUUGCCUUACUUCAUGUGUUAAUAAAUUGGGGGCAUGCUCCCCUCGCGCUCAAUAAUGAUGGCUUAUUGUCUAUGUUACAUAUCAGUAAACUCGAUGCAGACCUUCACGGUACGUGCGACCUUACUUGUAAGGAAUUUUCUACUGGAAACAAGUAAAACUCAAAACAGCUUGGGAAAGACACAAAGAAGUGUAAUUCUUUAAAAAAAUGAUUCCGUUGGUUAUAUCGUUAAAAAAUGGAGUAACUCUAACAAAUCCUUUGCAACCUGUUAUUGCUUUUCAAAUGAAAUCUUAGAUCAAAUAUGUUUCUUUUUAACAGCACCCUUUGUCAAAUUUGUCAAUGCUCAUUGUUACUCAGAAGGGAAAUCGAUAACACUUUCUACUCCAAGUUGUGAAUACUGGGUCUUACCCGGACGAUCACAGUCCAGGAUCACUACACCAUCGUUUUGAACCAUAUAUUUGCACCGUGAAACUUGCUCUCUAGUUCUCAACCCAACCAUCUCAUUAAACCCAUUAUUCUGCAGGUAUUUCCGCCCAAAGUGUGAGACAUUCAAUUGUAGAGCAACCAAAUUCAGAAUCAUCUUUAUGCAGCCCUGUUGCGGCUUCUGAUAAGAGGAAACGCUGUAGGUAGUACCGAGAUUGAAAAUGUUGGGACGGACUUUCCUUUUUAUUGUAUUUUUAUCAAGUUUGCACAUUUCUGUUAUACGUUUAUCUGCGGUAAAAUUUGUUUAUGAAGAAGGAGUGACAUUAUGUUUAUUAGACAUCCUUUUCACCUUGUUGUGAUGUGAAGAGAAUAUAAAAUCACGAAUUAAAACUGGAUCACCAAACGAACACCCGUGUAUCGUAAACAACUAUCACCUAUUCCGGCAUUAGCGGCUGGAGGCUGGCUAAGAGACGUUGUUAAUGACCUCCAUUUUCAAGAUGCUUGUCGGGCCAUAAACGAAUGAAGAGGUCACAGAUAGAUAAUGAGUUCGGAAAACUUUUUAGGGAUUUAUUUUGAUAGGUUGGGAAAAUGGUUCCCCUGCUGCUGCAAAUGUCUCCUCGUCCAAGCCUGACAAUCUUUAAGGCCAACGAUUCGGUAUUGAAUGAUACCAAAAAGACAAGUCGCCUUUUGCUACAACUGUUCGCUAUUCGCCAAAUCGCUGAAGCACCCCUUUUCUAAUUUUUUCUUCUCCUUCCAUUAUUAUCCUCAGAUUUGGUUAAGGCUUAUGGACCAUCAGCUGACGAGUUAGACAAUCUGUCUGUAAAACUUGGAAAAAAAUGGGAGGAAUUAGGAAGACGCUUAGGAUUCGACGUAGCUGCAAUAGAUAACUUUAACGAAGGCAACGAGGGGCUGGCAAAGAAAGCUUUUAAGAUGUUAAUGGCUUGGAAACAAAAGGAAGGCUCAGAUGCUACAUAUAAAGUUUUGUACGAUGCCUUAUGUAACGAAAUAGUGCAAUGCAAACUUCUUGCAGAAGAGUUUUGUUGUGAUGAGAUUGUAGGAAAUGCCUCUGCCUAGUCUUAUAUUAUAAAGACUGGGUCGCUUCUCUAUUACGUCGUGCGUCUUUGUAAGUACUCCAUGGCCAAAGAGCGUCUGUAUCGAGCAUUCACCCUUAGUAAGCACAUCAUUCAUUUUCCUCGUGCUUGAAAAUAGGGAAAAAUUAUAUGUAAUUGCGCGUGUUUGUUAAUUUUGGUUUAGACUUAAUGAAACGACGGUAAACGACUUCGAAUUAAGAACUAGAUAUCGCCAGUCCAUUGAAGGGCUUACACGCGGGAUCAGCAGUCAGUGAAACAAUGUAAUAGAAUCGUAUUAGCAUCUCUUAUACCUUCUCUCAAUGUCGCCUCUUAUGACUGUUCAACGAUUUUUCUCUAACGUGUUAAACUCCUCUGAUAAGCAUAGAAAAUUUAAAAGAAAAGUUACUCCAACUGGGGCUCGUGUUAAAGUUUUAAUUCUCCUCUUUCAACUGCUCUGGCUGGAAAGACUAAUGCUGUAACUGCAUAUCAAUUUACAUGUCUUUAAAACAACUAUCCUCUAUCCUGGCAACUCUAGCCACUGAGAUUCUAAAUUUGUGUAUAGUCUGUUUCUUGCACUGCGGAAGUUAGAUUUUAACGAAGACAAGCUAGAACUGGAAUAUCUCUGCAUUACAGAAACUGAUCCAAACAUCAAUUAAGUUUUACAUUUAGUUUUAAAGGUGAGUCGAUUUUGUUAUUGACCCAUGAAAGAGAUUCAAAAGUCUUAUACGGUAGCAUCUAUGAAAUUAUGUCCUGGAAACUGGAGUUGUGGCAACAUUACGGUUACCAUGAAACACAACAAUACAUUUUAUUGAUCUGAAAAAGUAUUCAUUUGACCAUCAACUAAGCCUUCAUUGGUUCACUCUGACAAUUUUUAACAUAAGAGGUUUUAAGAAGGCUUGGGUAUUUGUUAAAAUUGGCCAACUUAAUGCAACACCUCAGGUUAUACAUUGAAAGCACCCUUUUUUAAACAUUUUUCAUUAAUGCUGUUACUUACUGGCAAAACAAUAUAAUAUAUUUCAAGCCAACCAUUUUCUUGUGAUAACCAUUACGAAAUAAUUAUGCCGGUACCCUGGCUAAAUAGAAAAAUGUGUAGUUUAUACAAAAUGUCUUAAAUGCCACCUUCAGUAUAGGCGAACGGCAUUGAGAAAGGUGUAUAAGGGAACAGGGUCACUUAUUUCUGUCAUUCAUUUGCUUCUCACACCUGUUGCGGACUAGUUCAUGAGGCUGGGCUGUCAGGGCGAGGGACUGAGGAUUUUAGCAAGCCAGUAGAUUUAAGGGAAAUGUUAAUGAGGAAAGUGACUUUUUUGGAGCCUGG